GGCAUGUGUUUAUAAAUUUAAAUUUUAAAAUAUUUACAACAAGACUGGCUCUCUUCACGCCGUCAUGUCAAACACAUAGAUGAUUAAGACCAGACGUGAGCUCCUCUUAGCCAUUGACCACCCACUCAUUUACUUUAAUUCUCUCUGUCCUCUACUGCCCACCUCAAUGUCUUCUCUGUCUUACUUCCACAGUCUUUAACCACCGAGGGGCCAGCUGAACUUUGGUUGAAAGGACACCAAAUGCCACUCUGAUCAGAUAUUCAGUCAUCUUGACGUCUUCAAAUGGCUUUCUACUGCACAAAGACCCAACAGAAGUCUGGACAGGCGUACUUUAGGUUAAGAAGACCUGAUGAAGAAGUCGCUGCUCUGUCUGGUUUGACGCAGACGUUUUCUGAAGUCAUUAAGAAAUUCCGUCAUGAAGACCUUCUAAAUGUCACAGAGUACUACAAGCCCUAUCUGGCCUACGUGAUUGAAUAUGACAUCACAAGUAUCCUACAGAACCUGGUCACCAAGAACAUACUCACAAAUGAUGAGGCAAAGAAAUUCAAGGCCAAAGAAGAGCAAGAGGAAGGAGCAGGUGUGGAGUCCUUCAUCAGUGACAUAAUGAAGAAAGACUGCAUAGUGCUGGUCAGCCUGUGGGAGGCGCUGGCUGAAGAACUUGUGAGAUUUCCAUCACCAAACCUGACAAGAAUAUUGAAGGAGGUGACAGAGCGGGGAAUGGACCUCUUGCUUGACAUUCAGGUCAGUCUCCAGCCCUAUCCCAUUAAUGAUCAAAUUAAAGACAUCCACGAGACACACAGAUGUGGUGUGUUUGAGUCCACUAGGACUCUGGAGGAUCAGGCAUCUCCUGGAGAUCCAUGCACCAGAAUUGUGGGCUUUGAGACCCGAUACACAGAACUGAUGGUCAUUGACCAGUACAGAAGGACAUACAAUGAUAGGCACCAUGAACUUGAGAAGACUGGAAGGAUGCAUGCCGAGCUCCUAGAGGAGCGGACAAAAGUGAAAUGUGAGCGAAUCUGGAUAGAACAGCUUUUUAGAAGAAGUGCAGGAAGUGACAAAGACCCUCUCAUUGUAGUGGUCAGUGGGGUGGCGGGAAUUGGGAAGACCACUAUGGUCCAGAAGAUCAUGUUUGACUGGGCCAGAGGCACUCAGUACCAGAGGUUUGCGUUUGUGUUCCUGUUUAAGUUCAGGGAUCUCAACCUACUAGACAGAGAGACAGAACCUCAGAUGCCUCUGACCAGACUGAUUGUAAGGCACUAUAAAUAUCUCAAUGACCCAAGACUGAGAGAAAUCCUGAAGAAACCCGAAUCUCUCCUCUUUAUAUUUGAUGGUCUGGAUGAGUACAAACACAAACUGGACUUCACACAGAUUAAACUAUGCUCAGACCCAAAUGACUACUUCCCUGUCCAUACCAUGGUCACUAGCCUGGUCAGAAGUACAUUACUGAAGGGCUGUACAGUCCUGAUAACAACCAGACCAACAGCCUUGGUCUCACUAGACAAGGUGAGAGUUGAUCGAUUUGCAGAGAUCCUGGGGUUCUUCCCUGAACAAAGGCUGAUGUACUUUAAGAAGUUCUUUGGUGAUGUUGAUCAAGGCUCUGAGGCUUUUCAGUAUGUGGAAGAAAACGCCAUCCUGUACACCAUGUGCUUCAACCCCUCAUACUGCUGGAUUAUCUGCUCUGUGCUGAAGAGCCACUUCAUGACACCUGAGGAAGAGCGAGGAGCUGCCCCCAGAACUGUCACCGAGCUCUUUAUGAUGUUCCUUCACAACAUCCUCACCAACCACAAACGAAAAGCUAAAGACCGGAGGGGAAUUCUGGUCAAAUUGGGAAAGAUGGCUUAUCAUGGGGUGGUGAAUAGGACUCUUUUAUUUUAUGACAAGAUGGAGAUGUCCACCUUUGGUCUCCAGUCAGUUAUGUCCUCUCCAUUCCUCUCAGGGUUCCUCAAAGAAAUCCUUCAGAGAGAAAGCAAUCUGGAGCACACGACAUACACAUUCUAUCACCUCACACUGCAGGAGUUCAUGGCCGCCUGCUUCUUCUACCUUAGUUCAUCAGGGAGUGUCCAGGAGCUGCUUGUGAAGCUGGACUCAUGUGAAGAUGGCCGUUUUGAGAUUCUCACUCGAUUCCUUGCAGGACUGGCCAGGGAUUCUGUAUUUAAGACACUGGGGGGAGUCCUGGGGGAGUUUGAGAGGAAGACAGCAAAGAAGAUACUGGAGUGGGUGAAGCAGAAAGCUGAACAGGCGCUACGGGGGCGACAUAAAAGUGAAGCUCUGCGAGUGUGUCAGUGGCUCUAUGAGACUCAGAGUAAGAGAUUAAUCAGAGACGCCAUUGGGAAGGAUUUAAAGAUGGACUUUAGUUACAUGACUUUAUCUCCUCUGGACUGUGCUGUGCUGGGCUCUGUCAUCAACUGCUGUGGAGAACUUGAGGAGCUCAACCUGUUUGAGACACAGAUCACCCCAGAGUGCAUCAGGAGACUGGUGCCGGGGCUCAUCUACUGCAGACGUGUCAUCCUGUCACGUUGUGGUUUCACCUCCACAUGCUGCUCAGCUCUCUCCUCAGCUCUUUCUGCUCCACACUCACGACUGACUGAACUGGAUCUGAGCAUCAACAACAUGGAGGAUCCAGGAGUGAAUCAGCUAUGUGAGGGGCUGAGGAGUGAAAACUGCAUAUUAGAGAAACUGAACCUGUAUCAAUGUCAUCUCACCUCCAGAUGUUGCUCAGCUCUCUUCUCAGCUCUUUCUGCUCCACACUCACGACUGACUGAACUGAACCUGAGCAACAACAUCAACAUGAAGGAUUCAGGAGUGGAUCAGCUGUGUGAGGGGCUGAGGAGUGAAAACUGCAAAUUAGAGAAACUGAACCUGUCUGAUUGUGGUCUCACCUCUGGAUGUUCCUCAUCUCUUUCCUCAGUCCUCUCUUCUCCACACUCACAGCUGACAGAACUGAACCUGAGCAUCAACAGACUGGGAGAUUCAGGAGCUCGUCAGUUGCGUGAGGGUCUGAGGACCACAAACUGUAAAUUAAAGACACUGUGGCUGCGGUUUAAUGAGGUCAGUGAGAGUGAGAUGAAGAACCUGAGGUCACUACAGGAGGAGCUGAAAAGGACUGGACGGCAGGUGAUUAUCAGCACAGAAGGAGACUGAACAUACUGAUCCACUGACCCCACUGAUGGUGUCCCCUUUCCACUCCUUCUAAAUUCUUCUCUUUAUUCUUUUAUAAUCUCCUCCGCUCUCCUCCACAUUUAAUAAACUCUCCAUGUCUUCUUCUCA